AUGCUCAUUGCUAUUCCCAACUUUUUAAUCGCUUUGGCAAUAUCAUAUGGAGCCCAUGCUUCCCCAAUAUCACGUCAAGUCAGCGAGUCAGAUGUUUCACUGCAAGAAUUUGCCCUCCAGAAGCUCCUUACAAAUGCAUCUCCGAUUUUUGGGAACUACGCAGACAAUCAAUUGAAUACCUCGACGUGGAUGAGCCGAUACGCUGAUACCACAAAGCUCGUACAUAUGAAUAUUCCAGGGACUCACGAUACCGCAACUUGGAACUAUUCUCUCGCCACUCAGUCUGCGCUAUCUGGUGUCACAUCUCUAGGAAAUCAAGUCCCUAAUCCACCAGAGUAUUAUCGCUGCCAGAAUAAUUCUAUUGCAGAUAUGCUCAAUGCGGGAAUACGAGCAUUCGACUUGAGAUUUGCCCUGGAUGUUACAAACACCUCGAUUGUAUUUUGGCAUAGUCAAGCUCUUCUAUCCCAGACUGCAACGUUGGAUGAUGUACUAUUUGGUUAUUUUCAUUGGCUUGAUAAUCAUCCCUCUGAAGUAGUCUUGCUUAGCCUUCAAUAUGAAGGUAGCACGACGGAAUAUGGAAGAAAUGAUGAAGAAGCACAACUCAAGCUGUUCAAUGUUCUCACGUCACCAGCAGCAACAAAGUAUUUUUUACAGACGAAAAAUGAAUUGGGAACUCUUGGUGAUGCAAGAGGUAAAAUUGUUCUUCUUCGCCGCUUCGAUCUUGAUCAAUUGUCAGACGCUUACGAAAAUGCUUUACCUGGUCUUCAUUUCUCCCCCGCUCUUUGGAUCGAUAAUUCCCCUGACAUUGAAAUUAAUUAUAAUACAGCAAACAAUUAUACAGCAUAUAUCGAGGAUAAUUAUGAGCCUCAAACUCCAGCUCAGUCAAAUGCAACGGUCAAUAUUCAAUCGAAGUACCAGGUCACAAUGAUACAUCUGAUGAAGGCAGCGGAUGAGUCUUUAGCACCCGAUGGUUUAUGGUGGACUUGGGCCAGUGGAGGAAAGAUCUCAGAUGGUGUGUUUCCUGAGACAAUGGCUAUUGGAAAUGGGACAGAAUAUACGCCAGCUGGUGGUGUAAAUCAAAACCUGAUGACAUUUUUAAAAAGGAUGAGUGGAAAGAGGGUGGGAAUUGUCAUGUUUGACUUUUUUGAGACGCCGGGAAAUUUGGUCGAGACUUUACUAAGUUUGUAA